AUGCGCGGGAGGAAACUCCCAAACCUCAAGGCCCUCAAAGACGCCGUCAACAGCAUCCCUCUCCGCAGGGAAAGCUCGCCCGUGAACCAACGGGCGCCCGUUGUGAAAGUUGUGGAGCAGCUUCUUUCGCAGCCGGUUUCGUUUGUCGAAGAGGAUUCAGAAGACGAGAAGCGCACCAAACCCCCGAUGGUGCGCAAGAAGUCGGGCGAACUAGUUCGCCCUGCUCUCCGCCUUUCCUCGCAUCGUCGACCUUCUAGCAUGCCCGGCACUCCCACCUUUUCCAAGGCUGUUCACUUCGAUUCUCACCUCGAGCACGUCCGCCACUUCCUACAAGUAGAUCGUCCUCUUGCCGUCAGUGCCGGGUCGAGCCCGGUCGAUCAUCUCGAGAGUGACUCUGAAUACCCCUUUCCUCGUCCGACGAGGAACGGACUCGCCAAAUACGAACCCCCUUACGAAUGGGAGAUCAUCACGUCCAACUUCCCUGCGGACGACCUAGCGCGAAAUGCUCUACCAGCCCGUGUUGAGCGACUUUGGCUCUCCAAAGAUUGCCGCUCGCUCCACGGCUCCGUUGUCGUAGCCAACCUCGCAUUCCACAAGAGUCUAACCUGCCGGUUUACUCUCGAUUACUGGAAGACGACGUCCGAAGUCGCUGCCGAAUACGCCAGCCAGAUUCACUCGACCGGCCACGACCGAUGGUCCUUCAGCAUCCGUUUGUCGGAUAUGGCUAACCUCGAGACCAAGACCCUCUACCUCUGUGUCAGGUACAAUGUCAACGGGCAAGAGUAUUGGGACAACAAUGAUGGUGCCAACUUCCAGGUAGACUUCCACAAGAAGUAUCUUCCCCAAAACGGCAAGGGUGGCUUCCAGGGCGCUGGCUCCCGGUCGACCAGCGACUUGCCGCGCAGCAGCCGCCGUUCGAACCCCAACACCAAUCCUCGACCCAAGUCGAUGCCUGUUGGGCUCUCGAGCCACUUGAUCGAUCAGGCGAGACGAACCCUCGAUAAGUCGAGGGAUGAGUUUCUUGAUGACAAUGGCCCAAUCCGCUUGAAGAGGUCAACCUCUGAUUCUAGGGAUGCUACCUCUAGCUCGCGCACCAGCAACGCGUUUGGACAGCGUUAUGAUUUUAACGCGUCCUUGAAUGAGGCAAAACAAUCAGCCCGGUCCAAGGAAUCCAAGAAGAUCCCUACACCCACGCCGACGGUCUCAACUGGUCCAGCGAGGUCCCUUGCCGCCCCUGUGGAGAACCAGGAUUCCCCGAAGAAGAAAGAUUACACCUAUGAUGAGAUUGUCAACAGGUUUUGCUUUUAUGGCUCCAAACAAGGUCAAACAACGGGCCAAGCUCAAACAGCCCAGCCCUCUGUCAAGCCACCCCCGCCUAGCGGCGGCCUGGUGACGGUGACUGAGAUCGCCACCAGGAGCUACCAACUUGCUCCUACUACCAAGGAUGCCUCGGACAGCUCACAUCGAGCCCCUUCUAAUGGGCCCAAUUUCACUCUAUCGUCGUCGCCGCGUCCCGACUUACGAGGAAACGACGGUAGUGCUCAACCAUCUCUUCGGGCUGGUUCUCCCAUGUCUCACUUUUCACCCAGAGCCGCCAUCCACGGCUAG